CCCCUACGUUAUAAAUGGAACCCCUUGGCCUCGGUGAAUGCUCGUUCAAACAGAGUUGGUGAUUUCAGUCUUUUUAUCGAAUCUCAAAUCUUUCUUUGAUCGUUUCAAACUCUCUCUUAGCUGAGGAACCAUGUCUUGCUGCGGAGGAAAGUGUGGCUGCGGAGCUGGCUGCAAGUGCGGCAGUGGCUGCAACGGCUGCGGCAACUAUGCUGACAUCACAGAGCAGAGCUCUGCCUCUGAGACUCUUGUCCUGGGUGUCGUGGGAACACAGAAACUGAACUAUGGACAGGCUGAGGCUGGUGUGGCCACUGAGGGAGGCUGCAGUGGCUGCAAGUGUGUCAACUGCACCUGCGACCCUUGCACUUGCAAGUGAGCGAGGAGAUCUUGAAUUUCUGAAAGUAGAAAAGCUGGAAGAUAUCUAGUGCUGCAAGAAGAAAAGCUUGAUAAUAAUAGCUCUAUAAUAGUUCUAUUCCGUGCGUCUGUCUUUCUAGAAUUGUAUUUCAGAAUAAAGUAGUCAUGGCUCGUCGUCUUUCUGCAGCUCCUACUAGGCUAGGAUCUGUGAAGGGUGAAUUAAGGUCAUGGCUGCUUGUGUCUGUUUUCUGUGUAUAAACUUGGUAUCUAAGUGUGUGAGGAAUUCGUGUAAGUUUUCUGAUUAUAAUGAAAUGAAAACUACCCUCCUCUGUUUUA